AUGGUUGCAACAACUUCGCCAGGGGCUCAAAAUGAAACCAUGACUGGGUCAGCGGCUGAUCAAACGGCGCUGCUGCGGUAUGCAACACCCAUCUCGACAUUUGGCGAGGGCACAAUCGAUGUCUACCUCCAGGGAAAUGAUGGCCGUGUGUAUAGCAAGCAGUAUAUCAAUGGCUCCUGGCAACCCUCCGGUACCGCAUUCUGGAACUUGGGUGGCAUCGUAACCUCUAAUAUUGGGGCUGUAUCUCGUUCUUUUGGACACACAGAUCUAUUUGCACGAGGGAUAGAUUUUGACAUCUACAAUCAAACUCGAAACAACACCGACCCCUAUGGUUCACCACAGUCUUGCCUUUGCUGGGAUCCCAUGAACGGUACUGCUCUCAGUGGACCUGAAGUCGCCUUCUCUGAGUCAAACUCAUUUGAUGUAUUCCAGUACGGCUGGGACGGGAUCCUGUACGACAUCCCAUGGCGGGAGUCCUCUGCAUCCUCAACGUUGACCCGGGGAAAUUGGAGUUGGCUUGGUGAGUAUGACGGGUUGACUAACGACUGGUUGAAUUUCACUCCCUCUGUCGUAUCCUGGGGUGUGGGCCAUUAUGAUUUCUUCGGUGUGCGAAGCUCUGACCACGCUCUGUACCAUCGUGCCUUCAACGAGGGAGCUGGAUGGAGCGUCGACUUUGGAAGGCUGGGCGGGUACUGCACAAGUCGACCAGCAGCAGUAUCGGUUGCAAGUGGCCGCUUAGAUGUGUUCGUUCGCGGUGGAGACGCAAGAGUAUGGCAUACUUCCUACUAUGCUGGUGAUACCAAAGGGUGGAGUGAUUUCGAAUCGCUGGGAAAUAUUACCAUCCUAGGAGAGCCGCACGCAAUACGAUACCUCAGCAACGGCAUCUCUGUGUUUGUGUGCAACCAGAUGGAUCAUGCGGUGUGGCAUGCGGUGUACGAUGGCAAGGUGUGGACAGAAUGGGUGAGUCUUGGAGGAGACUUUGGAGCUCCACCUAAGGCAAUAUCUAAAAGCCCUGGACAGCUAGACGUUUUUGCAGUCGGGCGUAAAGGAGAGUUGAUGUGGCGAAACUGGGAGGAGGAUCGAGGAGCUUGGCAACCACUUAGUGAGUGGGUGAAUCUUGGGACUGCUACUUAG